CAUCAUGCUCCUGCGGGGAAUCGAGCGCCGGUCUCUCGCGCCCCAGACGUCUCAGCAUCCCGGCCUCCGUCGGCAGGUAGAGCCACCCGGGCAGCUCCUGAGACUCUUCUACUGUACUGUCCUGGUCUGCUCUAAAGAGAUCACAGCGCUCACGGACUUUUCCGGUUACCUAACUAAACUCCUGCAAAAUCACACCGCCUAUGCCUGCGAUGGGGACCACUUGAAUCUCCAGUGUCCUCGGCAUUCUACGAUAAGUGUCCAGUCAGCAUUUUAUGGGCAAGAUGACCAAAUGUGUAGCUCCAAGCAGCCUGUAUCUCAGAGGAAAGACAGCCUACCCUGUGUGGCUUCCACCACACUGCAGAAGGUGCUGGAUGAAUGCCAGAACCAGCGGGCCUGCCACCUCCUGGUCAAUAGCCGUGUUUUUGGACCUGACCUUUGCCCAGGAAACAAUAAAUACCUCCUGGUCUCCUUUAAAUGCCAACCUAAUGAAUUAAAAAACAAGACCGUGUGUGAAGACCAGGAGCUGAAAUUGCACUGUCAUGAAUCCAAGUUUCUCAACAUCUAUUCAGCAACAUACGGCAGGAAGACCCAGGAGAAGGACAUCUGUUCCCCAGGCGCAGAACAUCUUUCUCCCUUCGACUGUUUGUCUUAUUCCGCUUUGCAAGUGUUAUCCAGGAAAUGCUAUGGGAAACAGAGAUGCAAAAUAAUUGUCAACAAUCACCAUUUCGGAAGCCCCUGUCUGCCAGGAGUGAAAAAAUACCUCACGGUGACCUACGCAUGUGUUCCCAAAAACAUCCUCACAGUGAUUGAUCCAGCUGUUGCAAAUCUGGAACCUUCUUUGAAGAAGAAAGAUCGUGACUAUGGUACCAAUUUUGACCCAAGUGAAUCGAAGAUUCUGAGGAAAGAUGGAAUCAUUGUUAGCAACUCUCUGGCUGCAUUUGCUCACAUCAGAGCCCAUCCUGAGAGAGCCGCCCUGUUGUUUGUAUCCAGUGUCUGCAUCGGCUUGGUCCUCACACUGUGUGCCCUGGUCAUCAGAGUGUCCUGCACCAAGGACUUAAGGGAGAUAAAGCUGGGGAAGGAGCAUCUGGUGCCAGGGAGUGACAAGGCUGAGGAAGACAGCGAGGAUGGAGAGGAGGAGGAGGGCUCCUCAGACUCAGAUUUUCCAGGGGAGCUGUCGGGGUUUUGUAGGACUUCGUAUCCUGUCUACAGUUCCAUAGAGGCUGCGGAGCUAGCAGAAAGGAUUGAGCCCAGAGAGCAAAUCAUUCAGGAAAUAUGGAUGAACAGUGGUUUGGACAGCUCACUCCCAAGAAACAUGAGCCAGUUCUACUGAAAACCAGGUGCAGCUUGAUGAGUUCAUGUUUUCUGAAGACAGAAGGAUCCAGAAUGUCCCUCCUGUUCUGUUUCACUUGUACCUUCUAUGAAGGAGAAUUUGUCAUGUCAUCUAAGACUGGUGAAGCCAGAAAGAUACUAAAAUGGACAUUUCAAACGUUUACAACACAUUCCAAAAUAAAUUAGGAGGGAAGAAGCCAUCAUUUUCUGUA